CACGCAAUCAGUCCUUGCAUGCAAUCAUUGCUUGUUGAUACAGUCAUACAGCGAUUGUUGCGUUCAUUUUGAAAAAUGCGUUUGAUCUUCUGAGCUAAAAAAGGAAAUAUGGAGAGAGUCACUUGGUGAAGAGCUGGUCGAGGUCUGAAUUCACAGGGUACAUGUACUGUACCAUUUUCCCCGAGGCAUCUCCAGGGAUGAAGGUAUUUGUGCUAGAUUUCCCCCCACUCCUAUGUGAGGAACCCGACUAUCAGGACUUAAUGCGGCAGGAGUUCCACCGCGUAGCUGUUCGCCUUGGGGUGCGCUACCUCUCCAUUGCCGAGCACUUCCAUCCUAACAACAGUCAGCUUUGGUGCAGGGAUGGCAUCCACCUGAAUAAUGAUUAUGGCAUGCCACGCUUUGUUGACCUGCUGUGGUGCGCAUCAUAUCUUCGCCUCUACUCUGUCACUGAACCGUUGACCAGUCCUGAACCAGCUCCGCGAAUGUCCACGGUUCGUGUGACUCCAAGGGUGCUUGUGUCAGGGACUUCACGGACCAUGAGGCAUUGUGAUCCAUCUGCCUGGUCAGUGGUUAAACACGGUGUGAAGGAGUCGGCAGAGUAUCAGUUCAAGGAGAUGUGUGAGGUCCAGAUUCAGAAGGGGCUGUGUCUGGUGAUGGUGUGCGUGGGCGUGUGCGUCGUGGUAAACGUGUCCGACGUGGUGGCGUGGGGGAAAGGCCAAGUGGAGGUUUGUGUGUGUGUGUCCGUAGUGGGAGACGGUGUCGGAAAAGUGGUGGUCUAA